GGUGCCAGGGGAGCCCAAAGCCAGCCUGCUAGGGCUCAGUCUCACACGCGCGCCGCCACUGUUUGUACACAGUGCGCUCUUGGCCUCAGGCUCGCUCCCCUCCAGCUCACGCUUCAUUGUUCUCCAAGUCAGAAGCCCCGCAGCCGCGGCGGCAGCAGCGUGAGCCAUAGUCGCUGCUGGCCGCUUCGCCUGCGGUGCGCGCACGAAAAUCGGGGAGCCAGGAACCCAGGGAGCCGGCGCUCCGCCCGCUGUGCCUCUGCUAAGACCCACUUGCAGCCCCAGCCUAUCUCAAGCGCACCCACCUCCGCGCAUCCCAGCGCAAGCGAAGCUGGGGUGAGGGGGGGAGUCACCCUUUCUCUAGGGCCAUCACUCUUUAUCGCCCUUCCCAAGAAUUUGUUUGAGGAAGCGCUGCAGGAGGAAGACGUCCGCUUGAAUCUCUGACAGGGCGGGGUUUACUGCUGUCCUGCAGGGGCACCUAGCCUACAGUGCCCUCCGCUACGACCCCGGACCAACCCGGGUCACGUCCGGGAGAAGGAUCAUGAAGCACUUGGUAGCAGCCUGGCUUUUGGUUGGACUCCUCGGUCUGCCCCAGUUCGUCAAAGGGGACAUUUGCAACCCCAAUCCCUGUGAAAAUGGUGGCAUCUGUCUGUCAGGAAUGGUGGAUGAUUCCUUUUCCUGUGAGUGUCCAGACGGCUUCACAGAUCCAAACUGCUCUAGUGUUGUGGAGGUUGCAUCAGAUGAAGAAAAGCCUACUUCAGCAGGUCCCUGCAUCCCCAAUCCAUGCCAUAAUGGAGGAACCUGUGAGAUAAGUGAAGCAUAUCGGGGAGACACAUUCAUAGGCUAUGUUUGUAAAUGUCCCCGGGGAUUUAAUGGGAUUCACUGUCAGCACAAUAUAAAUGAAUGUGAAGCUGAGCCUUGCAGAAAUGGUGGAAUAUGUACGGACCUUGUUGCCAACUACUCCUGUGAAUGCCCAGGAGAAUUUAUGGGACGGAAUUGUCAAUAUAAAUGCUCUGGGCCAUUGGGAAUUGAAGGUGGGAUCAUAUCUAACCAGCAAAUCACAGCAUCAUCUACCCACCGAGCUCUUUUUGGACUCCAGAAAUGGUAUCCCUACUAUGCUCGGCUUAAUAAGAAGGGCCUUAUAAAUGCCUGGACAGCUGCUGAAAAUGACAGAUGGCCGUGGAUUCAGAUAAAUUUACAAAGAAAAAUGAGAGUAACAGGUGUUAUUACCCAAGGAGCCAAAAGGAUUGGAAGCCCAGAAUACAUCAAAUCCUACAAAAUUGCCUACAGCAAUGACGGGAAGACCUGGGCAAUGUACAAAGUAAAAGGCACCAAUGAAGAAAUGGUCUUCCGUGGCAAUGUUGAUAAUAACACACCCUAUGCUAAUUCCUUCACACCUCCAAUCAAAGCUCAGUAUGUAAGACUCUACCCCCAAAUUUGUCGAAGGCACUGUACGUUAAGAAUGGAACUUCUUGGCUGUGAGCUCUCAGGCUGUUCAGAACCUUUGGGGAUGAAAUCCGGACAUAUACAAGACUACCAGAUCACUGCCUCCAGCAUCUUCAGAACACUCAACAUGGACAUGUUCACUUGGGAACCGAGGAAAGCCAGGCUGGACAAGCAAGGCAAAGUAAACGCCUGGACUUCCGGCCAUAAUGACCAGUCACAAUGGUUACAGGUUGAUCUUCUUGUCCCUACCAAAGUGACAGGCAUCAUUACACAAGGCGCUAAGGAUUUUGGUCAUGUGCAAUUUGUUGGUUCAUACAAACUAGCAUACAGCAAUGAUGGGGAACACUGGACGGUGUACCAAGAUGAAAAGCAGAGAAAAGAUAAGGUUUUUCAAGGCAAUUUUGAUAAUGAUACUCACAGGAAAAAUGUCAUCGACCCUCCCAUCUAUGCACGACACAUAAGAAUCCUUCCUUGGUCCUGGUAUGGAAGGAUCACUCUGCGGUCAGAGCUGCUGGGCUGCACAGAGGAGGAAUGAAGGAAGGGACCACAUAUCCCACAAUGCUUUUCUUUAUUUUCCUAUAAGUAUCUACAUGAAAUGAACUGUGCAAAUCUGAUAGAAACAGCAUUUGUUUUUGUCAAAGCGUUCAAAUUACAGUAGGCUACUGACUGUCUUUUUAGGCAUUCUAAGCCUGCUUUUUCAAUAAUUUAAUUUUUUUUCCUUUGCUCAACUCUCUAUGUAAUAUCACACUGUGUGAAUUACUCCCCUUGUUCUCAGAAUUAUAUAGAUUGGCUGAAGUAUAGUAGGCAUAACAAGUCUCCUUUUUACAGCAAAAAUAAAACUAAACAAACUCAUAGUCAUCAGAAGGAAGAGUUAAGGGAGAAUUAUGGUCACUGUUCAGUUAACACAUAAAAUGUUACAAUGUUAGCAAUAAGGUUUUUUGUGAUGAAUUUGGAUUAUCUUGAUUGUUUUCCUGUGCCUAACACUGUUAGUGUGUAUUACAGAGAUUUGGGGAGGAAAAUUUGAUAUGCAGUACCAUUAAAAGAGCAAUUCUAAUUUUAAUUUCUUUACUUAUAAUAAAAUACUUUAUAUUAUUUAUAUGCUUCAUAAAUAGGUUAAUAUUCUUUGUCAUUGGACUUUCUCCUUUUAUUUGCCUUAAAGUAUUAUUAUCCUUUAAGUUUAUUUAUAUACACAGAACAUGUAUUAAUAUGCAUUGAACAUGAUUGGAUAUCAGUAAAUGGUUCUAUGUUGAAUAUCAGUACAUUGAACCAGUAUUUUUAUUUUUGAAGGAAGCUAUAUGUAUUUCAUGUCCAAAGGCUAUCCUUUUUGAGAAUCCCCUGUUACCAUUUAGUGAAAAAGAACAAAAAAACCACUAUGGUCCUUGAAUUUAAAUCUUCAUUUCUUUGAAAUAAUAGACUCAUUAUCUGUGUAUUUAAAAUAUUAGCAAACGUAUGUGAGCUUAGUGUUGCACAGCUUGGCCAAGUGCACUCAACAUUUUUUUGUGAAUUUCCACAUUUCCCAUGAAAUGAAAUUUUCAAUGCAGUUUAAAAUCAGUGAUGGUUUCUGAAGAAAGCACAUUGCAUAAUUAUUUGUGAGAAGCAAUGUAUUUACUAAUGACAAAAUCAUAAACCAUCUUCAGGAUGAAAAUUGAUUUUUAUUUCUUUUGCUUCAAACGUCUUAGAAAAACUAAGCAAUUAUCAUAACAAUUUGUUAUUGAUAAUGGAGGCAUCAUUGACAUAUGUCUCAAAUUAAAGCUCACACUGCCUCCAUAAAUGUCCUCCAUACCUAAUUUAUAAGCUUAACACGUAUUUAUUUUAUAAGGCUUUGACACAGAGUUAUUGGAGUUUUAAAUUGAAGGCCCAGGGAAGGAAAGGGUGGAUGUGGAUGAAAUGCACAAUACUGCUAUCCUUUAUUUGAUUUUUGUCGUUAAUAUGUGUGCUGUGUAAGGAAAGCGACUACUCUUUUGUCCCGUCUGUUCAUGUGUUCACAACAUCUCUCAGUGAUGUAAAUAUGCAGCAGUCUUCAAUCACAGCGAAGAAGUGAAAGAGAAAGUCAAUCACAUUGCCAUUUUAAAUGACAGCAAAUUCAUUGUUCUAUAGCGGCUGUCAGGCCAAAUGUUUGGCCCAUGCCCAUGUGCUAAUUGCACCAGCUUUGUUAACAAUCUCUUGAUUUUCAGAAUAUAAAAUGCUGAAUAAUUUUCAACAUUUUCCCAAAACAAAACAGCUCUGUCCUCAAUAUUACUAUCCUAAGAAAUGUUUAAAAUUUUCAAUAGAGAAUAUUUAAAAUAGUAUUUUCAAUUAAAAUAGCUCUACAUAGAAUCACUUAAGCCCUAGAAGUACAAGAUUUUCUACCUAGCCAUGGUCCUUGUUUCUCUUAGUGAUAACUGUACUACUGAAUUUGUAGGUGUUUUUCUUUGCAGAUUCUUUAUAUGUAAUGUAAAGUUCCAGAAAUUAUGAAUAACGUGUUGUGCUGAAGAACCUUUUGAAACCAUUUUUGACCUUGUGACGCUGCUGAUACCUGUUUGAAAUAUGUUCUCGAAAAAAGUUGCUAGUAACAGUAGCAGUUACUGUUUCAAAAGAUGGUGAGAGUCUUCCCCUUGCUUGUACACCUCUUCCCAGCUCUAUGCACUACCUAAAGCGUAGCAUGUGCAAUGGAUAUGCAUUUGUCCACGAGGGCGCUUGUAUUGGGAAGUAGCUUGCCUAUCAGUUCUAUCCAUGGCUUCAAGCUGAAACAUGAAUUUUUUAUUUAAUUUUAUUUGCAAAUAAAAUUUUAAAAAUACAAAACAUGGAAUUUCUUACCCUUCACUCUACUACAUAAUUAUCAUGAGCUAAUUUUAUAAUUCAGAAAAUUAUGAAUUAACUUUUAAAAUAACCAAUUCAUGUAUAUUUUAUUCUAAUCAUUUGUCACAGACACAAUUCCUACUUUAAGGUUGACUUUCUCUCUGUGAAUGUCUUCAUAAAGUUAGGUGUGGAUUUUGAAGAACAGAUAUUAAUGACUAUUACUAUGCUAGACAACAAAUUAUGAAAUAUAACAUUGAAUGCUGUCGUCUGGUGUGUCUGUAAGGACAGAAAUAACUAAGAUACACAUAACUUUUGCAAACUUUCAAGCUGUGUAAUAUUCCAAUGUUGUUUUUUCUUUGUAGAUAUACUUAAAUCACGUAGGAUGUUGUAAACUCAGUAUGAUCCUGUCUAGUCCUCAAACUUAAAAUAAACUUUUGAAAAACCGUGUUA